CAUUGAUGGUCACGUGACGAAAUUAGGUCACCUAAUGUAUGCUAAGAUGGAGGAUGACCUCCGGUUUGUAUUUAGAAUUUCCCAGAAAACUCUUUAAAUCAUAGACACCCGUGUCAUAUCCGCACGGAAGGAGCUAGGGACUUUGGAGAAUACACCCAUGGUCAAGUCGGAUUUCAGCAUCGGCACAAUGCAGAAGUGAUGACAUCAUCGGGCAUUUCUGGACAUUUAAAGAAGCAAGGCCUCGUGGACGGCAAGUCUGUCAUAUGACCUAAUGAUAAAAACUGUUGAACAAAUGGGCCUUAAAUGGCAUGCCGUGCCUUCCAAUAUCUGAUGCAUUACUAGGAAACAAUACCUGACUCCAGCUGUUGACCUGUGACAAACUAGACACACUCAACCCAACUGCUACCAGUAUUAUUUGAGCCUGAUCAAAAACGUCCAUCACAAGUGGUCAUUAUACAGUGUACGAGGUACAAUCAAUAGUCCACGCUGUUACAAACAUGGGCUCUGUCUGGAAGAGGCUUCAGCGCGUCAACAAGAAAGCGGCCAAAUUCCAGUUCAUCGCCUCGUAUCAGGAACUGACGGUGGAAUGCACUAAGAAGUGGCAACCAAACAAGCUGUGUGUACUGUGGACAAGAAGGAUACGGAAGAAUUACAGCAAGCUGCACACAUGGCAGCCAGGCAUCAAGAACCCGUACAGGGGGGCGGUGGUGUGGCCGGUACCAGAGAAUGUGGAGAUCACAGUCACACUCUUUCAGGAUCCCAAUAACCCAGAGUGGGAUGACAAGGAAUGGACAUUCGUAAUAGAGGAUGAGUCCAAGACUGGGAAACGGAGAAAGUUAGCCACAGCCAACAUCAACAUGAGGGAAUAUGCUAGUGCAAUCCCAACUCAACAGGAGCUCAAGCUCAAGCUGCGACCACUCACCAAGAAAGUGGUGUCUGCUACCUUACACUUCACCCUGUCAUGUGUCUUCCUCAGAGAGGGAAAGGCCACAGAUGAGGACAUGCAGAGCAUUGCCAGCCUUAUGAGCUUCCACCAACCAGAUAUCGGCAAUAUCGAUGACUUUGAGGACGAGGAGACUGCCGACACCUCGGCUCAGAGGGAAGAGGUUAACGCACAGUACGCCGACCUGAUGGCAAAAUUACGGCAGAUUGAUGAUGAAGAACAGGAAGAUGAAGGAAAUCCCUUUUCUGAACCAAAGGAAGUCACGACGGUAAUAGUAGUGCGUAACGGUGAAGCUACAGUACAGCCUUGCCAAGAGUCCCAUAAAGACAGGCAAACCAUGAGCACUCCUCUAGCUGCUGAGAAAGACAUUGGAGUUAAACAAAUAACAAAGCCUGACAAGCAGUCAGACGAGCCUGUGCCAAGCACCUCUCAAUGGGUCAAAGAAAAGGUGGUACGGUCCACUGUAGUCAGUAAUGAAGAGAAACAGUGUGGUGUCCCUCAGCCAGCGGUCAACGACGAUAAAGGUGUCCCCAAGAAAGCGUCUGAAGAUCGGGACAAACUGUCAGAAGCAACAGUUCACAAUGACGCCGUUCCUAACCCCUUGAAUGACACUACCUCUAUGGGAGCCCCCGAUGCCACAUCCCGCAAUUCUCUCAGUGAUUCAAGACAUGAUAACGACAAGCCUGUCGAGGCAAACCAAUCAGAAACUAAUGAUGAAGAUGACCCUGAAAAUGCCGGACUUCCAACGUCCCUUUUCCAGAAGUGCAAGGCGAAGUCAUCGCCAAAAGCCUCAGUCGGUGACAACUUUGAAGAAAGCAUUCCCUACAUGGAUGAGGAAGAGGAGAAAAAUCCUUUCGCAGAAGACAUCAAAGAACCCAAAAGAAAAGAUUCUCUAAAUCCGUUUGAUGAGCCAGAGGAGACGACAAAUCCUUUUGAUGCUCCUAGCAAACCGUCAAAUCCGUUUGACGAGUCAGGUUCCACAGAAGGGCUGGAGACAGCUAAGAGUGAGGCUGAUCCUCUACCUAAAGCACCCAAGAGGAAGAAAAAGAAGAAGAAGGACAAAGACAAGGACUCUGGGGUGGACCUGUCCAGGUAUCUGUUUGGGUUUGGAGGUGGUGGGGACAAGGUGAAAGGGUCUAAAGACUCUAAACCAUGUGAGGUGGAGGAAGAGCUAGAUGAAAGCAACCCUUUCCAUACACCACCUUCACCAGCAGAGGAGAGGAGCGUAGAUAUUGUCAAAAGAAGGUCCUCGGAGGGCAAAAAAGAACAGAAGACACCGUCCCCAAAGAAGGAAGCCCCCAGACCACCUAGCCCCAAGACUCCCACGCCCAAGCCAAGGACCAGUCUAGAAAAGAAGGAAUCUCAGAAGGAAUCUCCCCAAGAAAUUGACACUUCGCAAGCAGAGAAGGAGAACAAGAAUGAGGAGAGCACUCCAAAGAUGAGUAAGAAGCCUUCUGCAACACAAGACCUGUUGGAGUGGUGCAAGGAAGCCACCAAGGGGUACCGAGGGGUCAAAGUUACCAACUUCACCACGUCAUGGAGAAAUGGCCUCGCGUUCUGUGCCAUCUUACAUCACUUCCAGCCCAACAUGAUUGACUUUUCCUCCUUGUCACCACACGACAUCAAAGGAAACAAUAAAAAGGCUUACGAGGGAUUUGCAGAGGUGGGAAUCCCCAAGCUGUUGGAGCCGUCUGAUAUGGUGCUGCUCGCCGUGCCUGACAAGCUGACUGUGAUGACAUACUUGUACCAGAUCAGGACACACUUCACAGGGCAGGAGCUGGAGGUUGUUGGCCUGGAGGACUCCAGUCAGAACAGUAAGUACAUAGUGGGGAGUUUCAGCACAGACGAGGCCAUCUCCCCAGACACCUUUAACCAGGAGGUCAUCAGCUCCAGAGAACCACUAGAGACAGACACCGACCAGGACCCCAGCUGUGUGGAACCUACCACAGAGCCAGAAGUACCAUCUUCACCCAGUUCUCAUGAGCCCCACAGCCCAGAUGGCAUGGCCAACGGUGAACUCAGCGAAAGGAAGAGAAGAAAAAGCGGGAGCAAAAAGGACAGGCACAGGAGUGGGAGCAUAGAGGGUGAGAAGAAGAGACACACGAGCGGGUCGGGCAGCGAGGGGCCGGGAUCCCCGGCCUCGGAAGACCAGGUGAAUGGUGAGGACGAGGGAGACAAAAAGAGGUCUCCAACCAAGUUUGGGUUUUCCUACACGCCGUCGUUCGGUAAGGGUGAACUGGCACAGAAGCUGAGGUCUUCCUUCAAGAGGAAAAGUAAGGACCAUGACAAGGAGCACGACACAGACACAACAGAGGAGACCACUAAGACAAAAAGAACACUUCCCCAGAUACCCAAGUCUGCUAGUUUCCAAGACGGCCCAUUGUCAAGACAUGACGAGCUGAAGGAAAGAGCGCGCCUUCUGCUGGAACAGGCCCGGAAGGAUGCAAUUCAGAAGAAGUCAGCUGCACUACAGAGGCGUAAUACUGAGUCAGCCAGGCCUGCAAACUCGGAAUCACCUGAUGAAGAGGAUGAGGAAGAGAGGCAGAGACAGCUGCGUGAGCGGGCCAGGUUGCUGAUAGCUGAAGCCCGUGCUGGCAUUAACAAACCCCAGCUGCCUGGGCUGGACGGCUCCACUUCUCCACACAAGGGGGUGACCAGAUCCGUGUCUGCUGCAGGCUUUCAGUUUUAUCAGUUUGGGACCAAGGUGCCAAGCCAGAGUCAAAGCCCUGAUUCGGGUUCGGGUGAGGGUCUUAUAGGUGCCUUGAACAGGAUGAGCAGUGGGCGUGGCAGUGCCAGCAGGGCCGACCUGAAGCUGAAGAAGCUGAUGUUGGCACGGCCAGGACUGGCCAACACUCUCGCUGACACCGCCAACAAACUGGAGAAAGAGAAGACGAGGUCACCUGAGAAUUACGAGCCCGGAGCUGUCAUCUAUGUGGGGAGGGAGGGGAGCAAGAAGGGCACCAAGGGCGGGGAGGGCGACAGUCCCAGCAAGGUAUCACCGACCUCCAGGACAAAACUGCAGUCCUUCAGCGACAUCAUGGAGGGACGGGCGGCCAGCCCGCUGCAGGGACAACUCAUCACGGAAGAAAACGAACCUCAACCGGAACCGGAGGAGCAAGACAUGUUGAGUGCCAGUGAGUACGUGACUGGUGAACUGUGUGCCUUGGACAACGAGCAGGAUCAGAUCGACAACAGGGCAGCUGCCCUAGAGAAGCAGCUGCGCACGGCGAUGAAUGACAAAGCUUCUAACAAGGAAGAUGAGGAGAGACUGAUGCAGGAGUGGUUCCUGUUGGUCAACAAGAAGAAUGCUCUGAUCCGCAGACAGACGCAACUCAACAUUUUGGUGAAGGAAGAUGAUCUGGAGAAGAGAUUUGACCUUCUGAACCGAGAGUUGCGAUCCAUGAUGGCACUGGAAGAGUGGGAGAAAACAGAGGCUCAACAGCAGAGAGAGAAACGUCUGCUGGAAGAGCUGGUUUACCUGGUCAACAAGAGGGACGAGCUUGUGCAGAAACUGGAUGAACAAGAGAGAGUGGCUGUUGAAGAGGAGGAACAUGUGACGACUACUCUAGAGCGGAACAAGGGCAAUCUUGUGAAGGAAGAGAAGAACUGUGUCAUACAGUGAAGCUGUAGAUGGCUCAAGUCUCAAGGGGAUUCACCCGCUCCGCUGAAGACGGAUUGAUAACUGAAAUAGCCUGAGUACUUCUCUGUCUCCUUGCUUUGUUGCCCCGGAGUGAUGAUAUGGAGACAUUUUUGUAGAUUGAUCAUGUUUUGAUAAUUGACGUUUCCUGAUGCGGUUUGUUAUCUGGCUAUUAGACUGCUUGUACCACAACUCACCAGUGAUGUACACUGGGUACAGAAGAAUAUGCGACCAUUCAGAUGAGUGAAAUUCUAUAGUCUUUGAUAAGAUAGAGUUCAUGAUACCACUUAAAAAAUAAGAAAGCUCAGACAUAUCUUUUCAUUGUCUUAUUCACUUGUAACAUUCUUACAUUGCUGUUGCCACUCACUCACCAGUGGUUUAAUAUAGAAGGUCCCCUGACCUGACAGUGACUCCACUUUUGUUCGCCUUGAUGUUUAUGUUUGAAACUCAUGUCAGACUCUAAACAAAGCAUGUGUGGGUACUAUUUACGCAGAGAAUUUGUUCCUAUAUUUGUUCUAGUUUCUGUGUGUUUUAAUGUUUGUUCUUAAGAAGAAAAGCUCUGUUCUUCCCAUGUGUCCGCAUGACCACUUGUUGACGGCGUCUUUGUCGAGAACACUAGUAUCACCAGGUGCAACAAUAACAGUCAGGAGGAAUUUAUUCAUUGAUGUAUAUAUUUAUAGGUUGUUGCUUUAAUGUAACAAAUGUGUUGAACUGUUCACUUAAAUGUGUACUAAUGAACAGACUGUGAGCCAGUUCGUGUUAUUGUAUGUAUUGUAUGAUGUAACAUGUUAUCUGGUUUCAACGUUAACAGAAAUAUGACAGCGUGUCCUUGCCCUUUUUCGCUAAUUGGUUUAACUCGGAGAUGCCCUUCUCUGUCAGCAUUUCAAUUUUACAAGGUUGGAAUGAAAUGAUGAGGUUUGAUGUGCAUGGUAAUGCCCUCCCCUUAACAGAGAUGGCAACAUUUGUGAGCUGCUUAACCGUAAUGCCUUGAUGCUAGUGUCAGAGGAAGCCCUGCUCAGAGGAAUUGCAAUGAGCUGAUACUCGUUUGAUAAUAAAAGGCUCAGUGAAACUGUAUUGUUGCUGUUAAGCGAUAAGUGUUUGGUAUGUUUGUAACAUAACAUAACAUAACUGGAAAUGUUCCUGAGACAGAAGGACCUUGUUUGCCAGUGACUGCCUUUAGAGUUCAGUGCCUUUACAGUAAGAUGAAAGAUGUAAAUGACUGGCACCAAGGUUGCU